CACUUCCCUGUUUUAGCUCUUGGAGGCAGUGCUCAGAUAAUCUGCUGUGUUGCUUCACGCAAGCUUGACAAGAUGUUUGUAGGAUUUCUGUGCUUUCUAACUUGCAUGGACUAAUGAGGGAUUAUUUCCACAUAAUAUUCAAAAGUAAGUUGCAUUACCUAUUCUUGCUCCUCAGAUCAUUUGUAACUUGAAAUUGAAAGUGAAAGUAUUUCAGUCAAACAUUUAAUCUAAGAAGACAUCUUUAACUUUUCUGUACUAUUUUUGUAGCUGAUAGCAAAUUACAUAAUUGCUCAGUUCAGAUUUGAUUAAUUGUCUUCAAGGAGACACCAUAGCAGACCAAAAUACCCCUUUUUUCUUUACUAAGACCUUCCUAAAGCACAUGGCCUUUCAACACAAGUGAUUCGACGAGACUUCAACUUAAUGAAAAUAAAUGGUCCACAGCUAGCACAAAUUUGUGAAAUAAAAAAUUGUUUAAUGGAAACAAACAUUAAUAACUCGCUGUAUAAAAAUUCACUAAACAAUGUUCAUUCUGCUGAGUUCUGUAAGUUUCAGAAGGAAGCUGGAUCUGAACAACCCCAACAUGUCUGUGGAGACUGGUGCUGAAAAGCCAGAGCAGGGACCGGUGGAGUACCGCAUGGCGGGCCUGAUCUUCUACUGCUUCAUCGUCACCAUAGGAGUCAUAGUCAAUCUUACUGCUCUUUGGGUGUUUGCUCUCACCACCAAGAAGAGGAACUCAGUCACUGUUUACAUGAUAAAUGUGGCAGUGGUAGACCUCACCUUCAUCCUGCUGCUUCCCUUCAGGAUGGUUUACCACCACCAGGACUACUGGCCCUUUGGAGAUCUAUUCUGCAGGAUCAGUGCUGCUCUCACCAUUUUCUACCCCUGCAUGGCUCUGUGGCUGUUUGCUCUGAUCAGUGCUGACCGCUACAUGGCUAUUGUCCAGCCAAGGCACGGCAAGGAGCUGAGGAAUGUCCCCAAGGCCGUGGUGGCGAGCUUAGGGGUGUGGGUCAUGACCUUGUGCAGCACUGCACCCAUGCUCUUCUCUCAGUAUGACCCCGAUCGCAUCUCCAACUUCACCACCUGCAUCAAGAUGCAAGACAUCAUCCACUUGCGCCACGACAACCCUGUCAACUUUGUGCGCCUCAUCUUCUUUUUCCUGGUUCCCAUUUGUAUAAUGAUUGGCUGCUAUAUCGUCAUAGUGGAUAAUCUGAUCCACGGCCGCACCUCUAAACUCAAACCGAAAGUGAAGCAGAAGUCUAUCCGGAUUAUCAUCACACUCAUUAUCCAAGUGUUGGUGUGUUUUGUGCCUUUUCACGUGUGUUUGGUGCUCCGUUUGCUGGGGAAAGGCAAAGAUGGGGGGUUUAGCACAGGGGCAGUCUUCACCACAUUCCUGAUGAACAUGAGCACCGUGUUAGACAUUAUUCUGUACUACAUCGUCUCCAAGCAGUUCCAAGACAGGGUGAUCAGUGUGAUUUUGAACAGGAACUAUCUGCGGAGUGUAAGACGGAAAAGCAGGCACACACACACAGGCAGCAUUCGAUCAAUGAGCAACAUGACCAGUGCAAUGAUAUGAAACAGCCAUCUAAUUUUCAUGACAAACAUCACACCUAUAAGUACUGUGCACACUUUGGCAAAAUGUAACAUUGAAUGCAUCACUGUGUACAUGGUUCAUAUCAAAAGGAUCAAAAUUUGCAAUUAAUUUCCAAGGACUAAUUUACACUCACAGUAUGGGAGUGCUGCUGUUGUGGCAAAAACAUCUGUGUUCAGAGCUGAUUGACUCACCCACGAGACUUAAGAUGUUUUUCUGUGCAUCUUUGCUCUGGCAGACACAACACGGGUGUCUGUGGCUCAGGUGUAAUACAUGCAGGUGAAAAAUAAAGCGGGUAAUCAUUUAAGACAUUGCUUACAAUAUCUCAGUGCUUGGUUUGUCAUCACGUCUAAAUACUGAAACUCUUCUCAGCCUUCCCACUACUACAUCGCCCAACAACCAUAAAAGGCUUGACAGCCGCCACGCGGGGAAACCUGAAAGGAAACAAUUGUGGGUUCUUAAGGGUUUGGUCGCUACAGCAUGUUUGUAACUUCGCCUCCGUAGCACCUCAGUGCUGCAUUAUGAUAAAGUAAAUGUUAUAUAUAAAAAUAUAUAACUAUAACACACACCACAGACGUGCCGCAAGUUGCUGAAAAUGUAUUGACCAGGUGAUGGCAGCAUGGCACAGCUAGAUCACAUCUACCUGCCUGAGCAAGUCAAGUAAGAGCUUUCCUUGGUUUCAAGUGGAUAGUGUUAGAUUUUUUUGUCUCUCCCCCCGUAGAGUACCGUACAUUUUUUUUUUUGUUUCUGCAUAUGAUUACAUUUCAACUGGCUUUAUAAAAGAAAAUAUUUCAGUUUUUCUUCAGUGAAAUCACAAUUCCACGUCCUCACAGAGAAGUUGUUUACUAUAGUCGUAACAGCUUCCUCAACCAGGAAUCAGACUGAAGUUUGUCUGUGGUGCAGUGCGAAUCAUAUUGAUUAGAUGUUAAAUGAUUCAGUCACUUGAAGUGCAUUUACAGUAACAUCCUCAAGAGAUGUCAGGGAGGCUAUUUACAAGAUUUAAAGCAACCUUAACCUUAAAAGAGGAAACCUUUUCUGCUCAGGGAUACUUUAAUGUCAGGUCUCUGCUGCGAGUAUAAGCACCGUGUCGCAAGAUCGUGCAGUUUAUCUCCAAUUUAUCUGUCAAAUGACAGACAAGUGGUGACUUAGAAGGUACUGAUUGUGUGACAGUUCUAUCUCUGUGAAGAGACUGUUUCAUUUUAAAUGAAGGAAAAAAACUCGUGUUUGAAUGUAUCGGUUUUGAUAGGUGUCCUGCACAAACAGUACCCAGGCUAAGAAUUGAUUUGGUUUUGCCAGUUGCUUAAGUAAUCAAGUUAGUGUGUCUGUCACACCAACACAGUCUUAACUGGAUUAGACAGUGAGUCACUCGAGCUGAGUAACUAUGUAGUGCCUCAUACAAUUAGACAGGCAACGCACCCUGUGGUGGAACCACAUCUACCAUAGCAAUUCUCGGAACGGUUAUCGUCUGGCAGAUCAUUCGCAAACACAACCAAAUGAAACAUGUCAUACUGUGAGACUCCUUAAAGAGGUCCUGCUUUUAUUCAUCUUCAGUCACAUCUUCCCAAGCAAGCCCAGCUUAGCCCACUGACAUAAGUUAGUGUACUACAGUGGUAAAAUGAUCAACUGCAUUGAGAGUCCAUAUGGUUCUUGGCUGUUCUGUACAAUGUUCGUAGUCAAGAAAUGGCCAGACUGACAUAGAGAAGGGGACAGAUUUACACUGUGUUUAAUAAGAGGAGGCAGACUACAAGAUUUCCAACUCUCAUGGAAUUCUGGGAACUGCAGUUUAUCACAUGAUGAUAGCUUUAUUGGCCGGUAGACUACAAGAGGAUUUAUAACCGAGAGGUCAAAGGUCAAAUGAAACAUCAGAGGGUCAUCUAUCUGUCCCACCUGUUAGACAUCAAAGAAAAAUCAGCCACGCUGCUCACAGCAACUGGCAUUUAAAACAAUUAAGUUUCCUGUCAGGUCUCUGUGAUGAAUUAUCCGGAAGCUUUACCGGCUGUAAUUCUAAAUCUUCCCAACAAGUGCCUUUGUUGUAGAGAAAUUAAUGAAAACAAGAUUGUCUUUCAUAGGAGCUGAUCUAACAGCGCGACAGCCAGCUGCUCUUCUUUGGGAAUAAAAACAGUCAGCAUUAAACACAGCUCAGACAAAAUACUUUUUUUUUCCUACCACUCGUGUGGAAAACAAAUCAGGCGGCAAGCGCAGUGGCCAUCUGUUUUGUUAUUUGAUAUGUGUGAAUACAUGUUGUAAUGACUUUGUUUGUGAAUCACUCUGCGCGGCAGAACACACGAGAGCUCUCGAAGUGCUGGAGUGUUCAAAGCUAAUCAUAUAAUUGGACACAAUAGUCGAUGACAAAUGGAGACGCUUGGAGCCAGCCAGCUGGGGAAGUGAAUAUGUAAUCAUUGUAAAAUCAUAUCAUUUUUGCAUAUUUGAAGACAGCUUAAUAGAGUUUGCAUGUCAGCACAGCAUCAAAUGAUGAUCAGACACAGUGUUGCUGUAUUUGUUAUUCUAAAUAGUGUUUUGUUGGACUAUUUAUUUUCAUCAUGUUUAAAAGUGUUUCUUAAGAGUUUGUUUCCUAUAUGUUCAUUUAUGUAUCAUAGUAUUAUGUAUGUUGAAACAAAUUGUGGACAAAUAACCCCUCUUAAUAUGAAAAAAAGGAAUAUGGUACAGCAAUAAACAGUGAUUCCCAUUUUGAACGCCAGAGGUUACUUCUGCAGUUGCCAUGAGAUAUAUAUAUAUAUGUGUGUAUAUAUAUGUUCACACAUAUAUAUUCAUAAUAUGUAGCUAGAAGUAUUGGCCGAAUGGUGAAAAGGCCAAAAGUAGUAGAUAAACGGUCUAAAUAGUUAGCUAAAAGUAAUUAAGGAGUAAUGGUUGAAAUGUCCAGCUUCCACCACUGUGAGUGGUAGAAUUAAAAAUGCUAAACGCAGACAGAUAAAAUUGUAUGAAAAAAUAUUGUGACAUUAUUGUGACAAUUUCCUUUUAUAUAAUUAAUAGAGUUAAGUGACAUCCAGUUCAAAUGAACAUAUCAAUUCAAAGGAACGUAUUUGGAACAUGAUUGGUGGUGUCAUCGGAGGGAUA